AUGUCUUCUGAAGACUUCCGCACCAAAAACCUUGAAGCUCAGCCUGUCAGCCAGGGACCCUAUGAUGGCUCUGGCAUCGAGCUUGGCCGCGCAACCACCAUCGGGGGCCAUGUUGCAGACAAUUCGCAAUAUGGAUUUCCUAUCCAGCACCGAAAGCUAGCUGCUCCCUUGCCUCUGGGCUUGUUUGCUUUUGCAACCACGACCUUUGCUCUGAGCAUGUACAACAUCAACGCUCGCGGAGUCGACGUGCCCAACGCAAUCGUCUCCUUGGCUCUUGUGUAUGGAGGCGCCACACAAUGGAUCUGCGGUGUGUUUGAAUUUGUUUGCGGAAACACGUUUGGCGCCGUGGCAUUCAUGACCUUUGGCAGCUUCUGGCUCAGCUACUGCGUGCUGCUCAUCCCCUGGUUCGGCGUUAUCUCGGCGUUUAUGGUUGACGGCAAGCUCAGUCCAGAGUUCAAUCAGGCGGUGGCUAUCUACCUAUGGGCAUGGUUCAUCGUUGUCUUCAUCAUCAUUCUGGCUUCGUUCAAGUCAUCAGUCGCUAUUGUAGUCACGCUCGUACUCGUCGAGAUCGUUAUCCUGCUACUUGCCAUCGGCAACAUGAACGGCAACGAGAGCAUCAUCAAGGCUGGAGGUGCGAUGGGCCUGGCUACGUCAGCGGCCGCUUUCUAUACGGGAGCAGCUGCGUUGCUGACUCCGGAUCUGUCGUACUUCCAGCUUCCUGUUGGCAACAUGGCACGAGCUUGA